AUGGCGGUCAUCAGUGAGCAGUGUGCACCCAUCGUGGUGUACCAGGAGGACGUGAGCGAGAACCCUGUCACUGUGCGAACCAAGAGGGAGAGCCUACAAGAGUCUUCACGCACUCCAGCCUGUAUGCUUUUCACAUGUUAGGGUAUCUCUAGUUUAGUAAACUCAGCUAAUAUUAGGGAUGCAGUAGCCUAGCCUUUUGAAAACAUGCAGUGUCCCCAAACAAGUGAAAUUGUUUACACAAUCAUGGUGAUGUGCAUUAGUGUCCCCCACUGUCCCACACACUUCUCUCCAAUUACCUCAUUGUUAUGUUAUGAUAUAUAAAUAUUGAAAUAAUACAGUGUGAAUUUGUGUUUGUCCUUAAUGAGGGUGUGACAGCCUGUUUGGUGGGUUCCAUGGGGACCCUCAGUGCAAGGAUCGCCCGUUUGCCUCCCCUCUUCAGCUCUGUGAGUGUAGGGCACAUGCGCACGCACACACACGCACACACACACCUCAUAGUAUAGUCUUUGUAUCAUGACCUGGAUGCUGUGUGUUUCAGAUGGGUUAUGACCCCGGACCGACGCUGCAUACUCACCUAGCUGUUAUCGCAGAGGGCAAAGGUAUGGACACAUGGUUUCUUAUGAGUUCAUGACAUUUCAAACAAUCCUUAUGUCUUCUUAUGGCUUCAAGGAAUAGGAAAAGGGAAAUAUAAUUUUAGUGGUGGUCUAAAAUGGUUUGAUAUAAGGUUGAGUAAUCGUGAUAUCUCUCCUCCCUCCAGACAGACAAGACAAGCCAGGGUCAAAGUUCACGCGGCUGUCGUCCCAGCAGGACUCGUCCACGUCACUGCAGAAUCGCCGGCGCAACAUGCCAGCUGAAAAGGUCAGGGCUCACAAUUGAUGGAGGGAGGAGGAUGGUGGUGAGGAGGUGUGACGUAUCGCCUGUGAAACUCAAAUGUCAACUGCCUAUUAUGUGAAUGGUGUUUUUAUCAAUAAUCAUCUGUCCUAAUUGAGAACACUGAAUCUGGUUGGUCACAUUGUUAUCCUGUAUACAUAAUGUUAUUACUGGAAUAGGCUCUUCUGACGCAUUCAACUCAUGUGUAAAUGACAUAUUCAACAGACUUGUUACUGAUUGAAUUAAGAGACGAUACUACAUACCAAGCUUAAACUGACAAUUAAAAUGGGAUUUUAUGUUGGUAUUUUGUGUGUGUUCAAAUAGCAAUGUGUGUUAUCCCAGCAGGCAGAGGAAGUGGGCAUGGGAAAUCAAAAAUGUUCCAGCUGAGAUGGUAUAAUGUGUAUCUAUCUGCUUUCUCUCUCUUACCGUCAGCGUGAGGUGGGCAUGCCCAAGCUGGUGGAGCUGUAUCAGCACCCAGGGUUCAGAGAUGACAUGCCCAUGCCCCUGCCACACAGCAACACCUUCUCUACUAUCAUCACCCACGUAGUGAGGGCACAGCCACACCUCGCUGACAAGGUAUUAAACAGCACUGUAUCAAUAGUCCAGCGGAUAGGUGAAAUAAUUGUUCCAUUUUAUGAUAGAAGUAUAAACCUUGGUACACCAAUACUAGAUACCUUAAGGAACAUUUUAAAGAUUGGAGGCAGUCUGGGAAGCCUGUCAGUCAACCAGGGUGACCAUUUUAAUAAAAUGGCUGUCAUCCGGAUUUCCUGUUAGAAGAAAAUAGGGUAGAAUCGUUCCAAACAAUAUCAUAAUGACUUUGUAAUGUUAUCUAUCCUCCAAAUAAACCCCACAGAUAAUAUGGACAAUGCUUCUGAUCAUAAUGUACUCCUAAGACCUAAAUAGGGGUCAUAUUGAGGUCAUUUUUGACCAUUGUCCAGCGGCUAUGUGAAGAAAUUGUGGGCUUUGUGAUAGAGCCACCAAAUUUCACACACAGCUAGGGCAUGUCUAAAUAAGUAUUUUUGGCUAUAGUGCCAUCAGAGAUUGUCCAUUACUCCCCUGGCGGUCAUUUCCAAUAUGGCCGCUGAAAAAUAGGCUUAAGAAACCCAAUGGAAACGAUACAGGUAGGCUAGUCUGUAGCUUGUUACAUCUGCUCUGAAAUGCAUUUACUCACAUCACUCAAGAGGAUCUAAAUGCAUAUUCUCAUGAAACUGAGUGAGAUCAAAUGGUUAUGGUUGGCAUUUAGAUGCAGCUUGGACGUUUCACCCGUAAAACGAGAAGAAAUAUAAUUCACGAUUGACAGUGAUGAUGGCCUAUUUUGAAAUGAGGUAGGCCUAACUUGGUGUUUGAGGGUAUUAAAUAUACAAACAUUUAUUCAAGUCAAUACGUAGGCAUAGGCAGACGUGGCAUUUGAAUGAUGUGUUUCAUGCAUAUACAAUGAUAUUAUUCAACAGGCUUCUGUGCAAACGUUGAUUGAGAAAUAAUGACGUCAUUUUCUUUUUUUUUGCGCUCAGGCACCUAAAAAAAUAGCACUACACCACUGAGUAUAAUAGGUUAAAUCUCAGUGGCACUAUAGCUAAAAAUAUUUUUUUGACUUACUUUGUGUGAAGGCUGAAAGGUCUCAUCAUAAAAUUAUUUUGUUAAAAUGGGUUACUUGUCUCUCUGCUGGACAUAAUGCAUUCAUAUGUGAUUUGACCUAAAGUGACGUGUACAGGGCAGGUUUCCUGUCAGUUUCAUAAAAUUGGCACAAAACAGAAUAUCAUAUUAUACAGUGAGGGAAAAAAGUAUUUGAUCCCCUGCUGAUUUUGUACAUUUGCCAACUGACAAAGACAUGAUCAGUCUAUAAUUUUAAUGGUAAGUUUAUUUGAACAGUGAGAGACAGAAUAACAACAAAAUAAUCCAGAAACAUGUAUGGCAAAAAUGUUAGAAAUUGAUUUGCAUUUUAAUGAGGGAAAUAAGUAUUUGACCCCUCUGCAAAACAUGACUUAGUACUUGGUGGCAAAACCCUUGUUGGCAAUCACAGAGGUCAGACGUUUCUUGUAGUUGGCCACCAGGUUUGCACACAUCUCAGGAGGGAUUUUGGAGGAUUCCACUCCUCUUUGCAGAUCUUCUCCAAGUCAUUAAGGUUUCGAGGCUGACGUUUGGCAACUCGAACCUUCAGCUCCCUCCACAGAUUCUCUAUGGGAUUAAGGUCUGGAGACUGGCUAGGCCACUCCAGGACCUUAAUGUGCUUCUUCUUGAGCCACUCCUUUGUUGCCUUGGCCGUGUGUUUUGGGUCAUUGUCAUGCUGGAAUACCCAUCCACGACCCAUUUUCAAUGCCCUGGCUCAGUGAAGGAGGUUCUCACCCAAGAUUUGAUGGUACAUGGCCCCAUCCAUCGUCCCUUUGAUGCGGUGCAGUUGUCCUGUCCCCUUAGGCAUAAUGUUUCCACCUCCAUGUUUGACGGUGGGGAUGGUGUUCUUGGGGUCAUAGGCAGCAUUCCUCCUCCUCCAAACACGGCGAGUUGAGUUGAUGCCAAAGAGCUCGAUUUUGGUCUCAUCUGACCACAACACUUUCACCCAGUUCUCCUCUGAAUCAUUCAGAUGUUCAUUGGCAAACUUCUGACGGGCCUGUAUAUGUGCUUUCUUGAGCAGGGGGACCUUGCGGGCGCUGCAGGAUUUCAGUCCUUCACGGCGUAGUGUGUUACCAAUUGUUUUCUUGGUGACUAUGGUCCCAGCUGCCUUGAGAUCAUUGACAACAUCCUCCCGUGUAUUUCUGGGCUGAUUCCUCACCGUUCUCAUGAUCAUUGCAACUCCACGAGGUGAGAUCUUGCAUGGAGCCCCAGGCCGAGGGAGAUUGACAGUUAUUUUGUGUUUCUUCCAUUUGCGAAUAAUCGCACCAACUGUUGUCACCUUCUCACCAAGCUGCUUGGCGACAGCCUUGUGUAGGUCUACAAUCUUGUCCCUGACAUCCGUGGAGAGCUCUUUGGUCUUGGCCAUGGUGGAGAGUUUGGAAUCUGAUUGAUUGAUUGCUUCUGUGGACAGGUGUCUUUUAUACAGGUAACAAGCUGAGAUUAGGAGCACUCCCUUUAAGAGUGUGCUCCUAAUCUCAGCUCAUUACCUGUAUAAAAGACACCUGGGAGCCAGAAAUGUUUCUGAUUGAGAGGGGGUCAAAUACUUAUUUCCCUCAUUAAAAUGCAAAUCAAUUUCUAACAUUUUUGACAUGCGUUAUUCUGUCUCUCACUGUUCAAAUAAACCUACCAUUAAAAUUAUAGACUGAUCAUGUCUUUGUCAGUGGGCAAACGUACAAAAUCAGCAGGGGAUCAAAUACUUUUUUCCCUCACUGUAUGGCACUUUUGGGCCAUUUUAUUGUGUUUUUCCAAACAAUUAUUUUAUUUCCCCUCAAACAUUUUAAGCCAUUAUUGGGCUGUAUGGACCAAUUAUCAGUGGUGGACAAAGUACUCAAUUAUCAUACUUGAGUAAAAGUAAAGAUACCUUAAUAGAAAAUGACUCAAGUUAAAGUGAAAGUCACCCAGUAAAAUACUACUUGAGUAAAAGUCUAAAAGUAUUUGGUUUUAAAUAUAGAGGCUCUGCAAAAGUAAAUGGUAUUGCUAAAAUGUGACCGACCACCUUGAAUCGGUCUUAAGUAGCAACAUUUGAAAUUGUGUUUUUUACAUUGGAUAAAAUCAGAGACACAUAGCUACAAAAUGGUAUAUCAUACACUGCAUUUAAGGGAACAAUGGGAAAGUAAUUCUGCUUUGAAAGUUGAUAAACUUGUAAUCUCACUUUUGAGAAAAUGGCCUUUGAAUGUUUUGAUACCUAGUGAAGCGCUCUUCUUUGUGUACACCCAUUCAGCAUCGUUCACACCCUCUUAAGCUUUAGCCCCACCCAUCUCGUUUCGCUCUCGGAUUGUUCAGAGCACACACUUGACAUUGGGGAAGCUGGUUAAAUAAAACACUGCUCUUUUUAGACAUCCCUAUUUCCCCAACAUAAUGGCAAUGUCUGUAUUUCACCAAAUAACUCAAAAUGGAUGUAUUUUGAUGUUUUGAAGUUCUACAUUUCAUUCAGCAUAAUCUAUUCUUUCUAUUUAUGUAAAUGUCGGUAGCAUAGUAUGCUAUGAUCAAUUGCUGGUAGUUAAAACUUCAAAAUUAUAUUUUUACUCAUGGAAAUCUGAGUUCGUCCCAUUGUUUGCUAUAGGGGGAAUAGGGGUAUGACUGUCUAUUUCGCCAAAUAUCUCACAAUGUUUAUAUUUAGUUUUUUUCAAGUCGGACACCAUUUUAAUCAGGAGAAUGUCCUCUUUGUAGUGAUGUAAGGUUGGGCAGCGAGCUCUGCUGUCAUCAAACCCUAGCCUUUCAAGGUGUCAGAAAUUACACAUUACUGUUGGAACUCUGAGGAUGCCCCAUUGUUUCCCUGUAGGGAAAUUCUACAAGGACAGGUCUGUCUAUUUCGCCAAAUAUCUCACAAUGUGUAUAUUUAGAUUUUUUCAAGUCGGACACCAUUUUAAUCAGGAGAAUCUCCUCUUCGUAAUUAUGUAAGUCUGGGCAGCGAGCUCGGUUGUCAUGGAUCACUAGACCAUAAAUAGUCAGAAGUUGUAAUUUUUUCCCUACUUCCUCAUUAUGCAGACAUAAGCACAGUUGACACCAUCGAGGUGUCGAUGUUUACUUUCUACACAAGUUUUAUAAUUUUUUGUCCUAAGAACAUAUUGAAGUGGUAAAAUAAUAAGGGAUAAAAAAAUGGUGCCAUUUAAGGGAAAUGGAAUUCUAAGCAUCACUCCAGUCAGAAGAGGCUCUGCAAAGGUUCGUUUAAAUUCAUUUGCUAUGGCCUCGCGCUAGUGUUCCAGCUCAGCCAACGUUCUUUGGCCGUUUUUCAGCCUUGGGUGGAUUUUGACUCGUUCUAUUGUCCUGCUUACUAUAUUCAACGGGUGUUGUGCGUUCGUAAAUUCAUCAGUUAUUCUGCGCUCUGGCAUACUCAGACUGAAUUUACAAAUGCACCCAAAAUGGUUACUUGCAUAGUGGAGUCUUUUGUUAAGACAUGUAGCUAGCUAGCUAGGUAAACAAUGAACCUAGCUAGGUAAACAACGUGUAAGAUCAUACACGUCACGUAACGUUAGCUAGUUAAACAAUUAACCAUAGUGCCAACUCAUGACGUUACUACCCUGCAUGAAUCUGCUGGUAGCUAACCAAUCAGGUUCAAUGUUAGCUAGCUAACAUUAGGCUCUAACUAGCAAAGCAAACGGCUCUGAGAUACAAAUAAUAACAUCAUACACGUAAUGUUAGCUAGCGAACCAGCCAGCUAACGUUAGCUAGCUAACAGUACACUUUAACUUGAAAUGUACAGUACACUUUAACCACUUUCUGUAAAAAUUAGAAACAUGUAAUAUCUGAACAUUUAGCUAGCUAGACUAUCUUACCCAUAUACAUCAUGCAUGAUGGAUGCGUCUCCCUGUCACAAUGCCAUGGUUGCCCUUAGUUUGAAGAUGUAAUCCGGAGACAGGGGUUUUCUCCAUCUCUUUAGCUAUCAUACUCUAAUUCCACUGAUUUCAAAACUCGAUCCUCCAGAAAGUGGAGAGCAACACUUAUGCAGCUCCACUAUACAAUACAUUUUAAAAAAAAAGCUGCGUUAGACAGGAUUACCUACACAUACUGACCAGCUCAAAUAGACAGAAGCCUUCUAUAUGGCAGACCAAUCCGAACUCCUCUCUCAGCAUGUCCAGCCCACUCAUUAUCUCAACCAAUAAUGGCUAGUGGGAAGGUUGCUGUCUUUUUCUGUGGUUUAACCAACUAGGCUCGUAAUUUAACAAUUGUAUUCGUAUUUACAGAUUGGCAUAGAAGUUUGUUAUUAAGGCACAUGAAAGUUCACAUGUUCCAGAAGGCAUUUCUGCCAAAAAACGCAUUUAGAUUUUUUAAAAAUGUUUGGCUCUCCUGUGAAGUUGUGAACCGCGACGUACACCUACUUUCUUGAAACGGAUAGCAGGUGCACACGCCAACACUCAGACAUAAUUUACAAACGAAGCAUUUGUGUUUAGUGAGUCCGCCAGAUCAGAGGCAGUAGGAAUGACCGGGGAUGUUCUCUUGAUAAGUGUGUGUGAAUUGGACAAUUUUCCUGUCAAAAUAUAACAAGUACUUUUGGGUGUCAGGGAAAAUGAAUGGAGUUAUAAAGUACAUUAUUUUCUUAGGAAUGUAGUGAAGUAAAAGUAAAAAUUGGCUAAAAAAUAUAAAAAGUAAGGUACAGAUACAAAAAAAACUACUUAAGUAGUACUUUAAAGUAUUUAUACUUAAGUACUUUAAACCACUGCCAAUUAUUUAUGCAGAUAUGGCUAACUGAAUCUAUUCCAAUAAGGUCCCAUGCAGUUUGUUGGUUGCCAUAUUGGAAAUGGCCGCCAGGGGUGGUAAUGGACAAAGUCUGUGAUGGCACUAUAGCCAAAAAUACUUCUUUAGACAUGCCCCAGCUGUUUGUGGAAUUUGGUGGCUCUGUCAGUCUUCUUAUUUUAUUUUUUAUUUUUGCUGGACUAUGGUCAAAAUGACCUCAAUAUGACCCCCAUGAAGCUCUGGUUGACUGACGUGCUUCCCAGACUGCCUCCAAUCUUUAAAAUGUUUCUUAAGGUAUCUAGUAUUAGUGUACCAAGUUUGCUACUUGUAUCAUAAAGUGGAACGAUCUCCGGUUAUAUUUGGUUCUUAUCCGCUAGACUACAAGGCAUAUACUGUAGCCUUCUUCAUUUGGUAGGGGGGAUCAGUGUUUUAUUGUUUUUCAUUACUCACUUUGAAGAAAGGAAACAGUAGCCUGGUUCCAGAUCUGUUUGGUCUUUGUUACUAACUACUAUGGUCUUUGUCACACCAAACAUGUAGUUAAACAAAUCUGGGACCAGGCUAAGGAAACAGAGUAUGGCUCAUAAACAUGAACUUGUGAAAGUAGAUACAUUUGUCAGAGCCAGACAUAUUCUCAAAUUCAAAUAUGAUCUCAAACAUUGUCAGCAAACUAUUCUAAUUAUCUGACUAAUGUUUGAAAACAUUUCAUCCCCAUCCUGUCCUGUAGCCCAGGUACAAGGCAGUGUUCCAACGCAUUCUGUCUUCUUCUAUGAUGGAGGACUUUGUCAUCGACUCCUUCUGGUGGCUGUUUCUACAGCACUUCCAGGUGAGAUUGACAGAAAGUCCCAUUUACGCACAUAUGUGUUUAUUCUCUAGUGCAGUGCAGUUGCCAACAGACUUAAACCACAAGUGGUGUUACAUUAAAGGCUGCAAUGUUUUUGCUCUCCAGCCAGACACACGCAUACAGGACAGCCUGUUUGUACGAAUCGCAGAGAAUUACAUCCGAAUCCUGACCCAGAGUUUAACAUCACGCAGUGGCAAGUGGUUUCUCAGGGUAAUGCCUAUAUUUCUCCACUCACGUGCAAGUUGAUAGAUUGAUCAUGCACAUAACAUACAAUAUUAUAAGAUUCAACUGAGCACUCACAGAUGAAAUGUAUAUAUAUUUUACAUAUAUCUCACACUGAGUAUAGUCAAAACUAUUUCCUAAUCUCUUUCCUCCUCUAUAGGAGUUCCCCAGUACCCUGGCCCAGACCCUGUACUGCUGCUUCUGCUGUUGUUUCCCUCAGUCCUGCAGAACUAUCCGCAGUGACACCUUCCUCAUCCCACUGUGCUUUACUGCCUACCAGUGGACAGGAGGUGACACUGCACACACUCACUGAGAAAACAUACAUACACACGUAAAUCACACAACCCGCUCUCUCUCUUUCUUUUAGUAUUCUCUUACACUGUUUACCCCUAUUUUUUGUCUGUCUGUCUGUCUGUCUGUCUGUCUGUCUGUCUGUCUGUCUGUCUGUCUGUCUGUCUGUCUGUCUGUCUGUCUGUCUGUCUGUCUGUCUGUCUGUCUGUCUGUCUGUCUGUCUGUCUGUCUGUCUGUCUGUCUGUCUGUCUGUCUGUCUGUCUGUCUGUCUGUCUGUCUGCCUGCCUGCCUGCCUGCCUGCCUGCCUGCCUGCCUGUCUGUCUGUCUGUCUCUCUCUCUCUCUCUCUCUCUCCUCUCUCUCUCUCUCUCUCUCUCUCUCUCUCUCCUCUCUCUCUCUCUCUCUCUCUCUCUCUCUCUCUCUCUCAGGUAUCUGUCCUGCCCCUGAUGUUUUUAAGAAGUGGGACUUUGAGGCUCUGGAGCCAGAGGAGGCCACUCAUGUACAGUUUGUGUCUGGGAGCAAAAGGAAUGAGAAAGAGAGUGACUCAUGUCUGUCUCUCCUGGACACUAUGUUCUCCAAUGCCUAUGUUGAUGAGCCCUCUCAUAGUAAAUUGACCAGCAGUGCCACCACUCUACUGAGGAAGAAACCGGUCAGUCUCUUCAUUUUGUCAAACACACGCAGGCAUGCAAGCACGCACACUUACAUGCGCAUGCAUACACACACACACACACACACACACACACACACACAAAUACUCAGUCACACACACAAACACCCCAAUGGGCAAAAACAGGUUGAAUCAAAGUUGUUUCCAUAUAAUUUCAACAACAAAAUUCAAUGUGAUGAUGUUGAAUCAACGUGGAAAACUUCAACGUAAGGGAAUUUAGUCUUUUUUUACCCAACAUUUAACCUAAAUCCAAUGACAUGGUGAAAUGUUUUGUUGAUUUCACGUUCAAUUCACGUUAGUUGACAACUCAACCAAAUGUAAAUCAAAACUAGACAUUGAAAUUACUUCUGUGCCCAGUGGGACAUCUUUUGAUCAGAACUGAUGCCAUUAUAUGUGUGUCUCAGAGCUCAUUGCUGACCAGUAGUAGUCACACCGCUCUGGAGAGCCAGCCAUCUAAAAGCACAGUUAACACAACCAGUACUACGUCAGGCUCGGAAGGUAAACCUCUCUGUCUUUGGUAAGCGUAAGUAGUCCAAAUGUAGUCUGUGUUUAGUGGUUUCUCUGCAUGGACUAGAUUCUAGUUUGAGGUUCAUGGCAUAUGUCUUUGCUAGUGAUAUUGACUUCACCAGAACUCAACUUGCUCUUUGUGUGCUCUUCUUGUCUCCUUUUCUCCCCUGUCUCUCUGUUGUUGGCUGUGUGUGAUGUUGUGGUUGUUCCAGAGAAGACCGUGGGCUCAGUGAACAUCACAGGGACAGACCUGAAGGCCCUGACUGGACAGGCCAACCAGACACCUACCAGAGAGGUCAGACUGGCACUUCACACAGUCCAGCAUUCAUACUCAUUCUUAUCUUUUCUCUCUCUCUCUCUCUCUCUCUCUCUCUCUCUCUCUCUCUCUCUCUCUCUCUCUCUCUCCUCUCUCUCUCUCUCUCUCUCUCUCUCUCUCUCUCUCUCUCUCUCUCACACACCUUUCUCUUUUUCUCUCACCCCCUCUCUCAUCCGCUCUCCUUCAUAUCCCUCUCUCAUUCCCACUGUUUCUCCCCCUCUCCCCCUCUCCUCCAGUCCCAUGUAGCCUACCCGGGUGUGGCGUUUAAGCGCAGUGUGUUUAACGUGUAUGGCAACAGUCCUCUGGUGCAGUACUACAUGCGUGUUCUCCACAUGGACCCUAAGGUGGGACAGGACGUACUGGUGGUCAGGACCGAGAUCAGCAAGCUGCCUCCAUAUCCUCACAAUUAUAAUAAUGGAAUGUGUGUGUGUAUAUGAGUGUGCGUCCUUGCGUGGGUGCAUGCGUUCAUGCGUGUGUGUAAAUGUGUAUGUGUGUGUCCAUGUACACCAUAGAUAAUUCUGUUGAUAAAGUUAGGGUGCUCCUGUUUUUGCCAUUCGGCCGCCCUCAUCCACAUACAGUGCCUUCAGAAAAUAUUCAUACCCCUUAACUUAAUCCACAUUUUGUUGUGUUACAGCCUGAAUUCAAAAUUGAUUAAAUAUAUUUUUCUCUCACCCAUCUACACAUAAUACCCCGUAAUGAGAAAGUGAAAACAUGUUUGUAGACAUUGUUGCUGAUUUAUUGAAAAUGAAAUACAGAAAUAUCUCAUUUACAUAAGUAUUCACACCCCUGAGUCAAUACUUUGUAGAAGCACCUUUGGCAGCGAUUACAGCUGUGAGUCUUUCUGCGUAAGUCUCUAAGAGCUUCCAACACCUGGAUUGUGCAACAUUUGCCCAUUAUUCUUUUUAAAAAAUAUUCAAGCUCUGUCAAAUUGAUUGUUGAUCAUUGCUAGACAACCAUUUUCAGCUAUUGCCAUAGAUUUUCAAGUAGAUUUAAGUCAAAACUGUAACUUGGCCACAUAGGAACAUUCGCUGUCUUCUUGGUAAGCAACUCCAGUGUAGAUUUGGCAUUGUGUUUUAGGUUAUUGUCCUGCUGAAAGGCAAAUUAAUCUCCCAGUGUCUGGUGGAAAGCAGACUAAAGAAGAUUUUCCUCAAGAAUUUUGCCUGUGCUUAGCUCCAUUCCGUAUCUUUUUUAUCCUGAAAACCUCCCCAGUCCUUAACGAUUACAAGCAUGCCCAUAACAUGAUGCAGCCACCACUAUGAUUGAAAAUGUGGAGAGUGGGACUCAGUAUUGUGUUGUAUUGGAUUUGCCCCAAAAAUAACACUUUGUUUUCAGGACAAAAAGUGAAUUGCUUUGCCACAUUUUUUGCAGUAUUACUUUAGUGCCUUGUUUCAAACAGGAUGCAUGUUUUGGAAUAUUUGUAUUCUGUACAGGCUUCAUUCUUUUCACUCUGUCAGUUAGGUUAGUAUUAUGGAGUAACUACAAUGUUGUUGAUCCAUCCUCAGUUUUCUCCUAUCACAGCCAUUCAACUCUAUAACAGUUUUGAAUUCAUCAUUGGUGAAAUCCCUGAGCAGUUUCCUUCCUGAGUUAGAAAGGACGACUGUAUCUUUGUAGUGAUUGGGUGUACUGAUAUUCCAUCCAAAGUGUAGUUAAUAACUUCACCAUGCUCAAAGGGAUAUUCAAUGUCUGCUUUUUUUUACCCAUCUACCAAUUGGUACUUUUCUUUGCGAGGCAUUGGAAAACCUCCCUGGUCUUUGUGGUUGAAUCUGUGUUUGAACUUCACUGCUCGACUGAGGGACCUUACAGAUAAUUGUAUGUGUGGGGUACAGAGAUGAGCUAGUCAUUCAAAAAUCAUGUUAAAUUCUAUUAUUGCAACUUAUUAUGUGACUUGUUGAGCAAAUUAUUACUGCUAAACUCAUUUAGGCUUGCCAUAACAAAGGUGUUGAAUAGUUACUGACUCAAGACAUUUCAGCUUUUCAUUUUGUAUUAAUUAGUAAACAUUUCUAAAAAUAUAAUUCCACUUUGACAUCGGGUAUUGUGUGUAGGCCAGUGACAAAAAAAUCUCUAUUUAAUCAAUUUUAAAUUCAUACUGUAACACAACAGAAUGCAGAAAAAAUCAAGGGGUGUGAAUACUUUCUGAAGGCACUGUACAUGACAUCACAGCCAGUGUUCCUUCCUUGACCCCAUGGUGAUGUCACGGCUGGGUCAGUGACAUACAGGGACAUUCUGAGCCAUGCCCAGGAGCGUUCUGUGGCCCACCGCAGGGACCUCAGGACCAUGUGGGGCCAAUACUCCAAGGAUCUCUAUGUUCUCAACCAGAGGAAGCUGGACGAGCACUACGAAAACUUCAGGUACAGUAAACAUUCCCAACACCACAGCCCAACACUACAGUGUAUAUCUUACUGUAGUAAGAUAUACACUGUAAGAUAUACACUGAGUAUACAAAAAAUAAAGAACACCUGCUCUUUCCAUGACAGACUAACCAGGUGAAUGCAGGUGAAGGCUAUGAUCCAUUACUGAUGUCACCUGUUAGAUCCACUUCAAUCAGUGUAGAUAAAGGGGAAAAGACAGGUUAAAGAAAGAUUUCUAAGCCUUGACAGAAUUGAGACAUGGAUUGUGUAUGUGUGCCAUUCAGAGGGUGAAUGGGCAAGACAACAUUUUUAUUUAACCUUUAUUUAACUCGGCAAGUCAGUUAAGAACAAAUUCUUAUUUACAAUGACGGCCUACACCGGCCAAACCCAGACAACGCUGGGCCAAUUGUGCGCUGCCCUAUGGGACUCCCAAUCACGGGCCGUUUUUUUUAUGGGGGGGGGGGGGGAGGGAUUACUUUAUACUAUUCCAGGUAAUCCUUAAAGAGGUAGGGUUUCAAGUGUCUCCGGAAGAUGGUCAGUGACUCCGCUGUCCUGGCGUCGUGGGGGAGCUUGUUCCACCAUUGGGGUGCCAGAGCAGCAAAUAGCUUUGACUGGGCUGAGCGGGAACUGUGCUUCUGUAGAGGUAGGGGAGCUAGCAGGCCAGAGGUGGAUGAACGUAGUGCCUUCGUUUGGGUGUAGGGUCUGAUCAGAGCCUGAAGGUAAGGAGGUGCCGUUCCCCUCACAGCUCCGUAGGCAAGCACCAUGGUCUUGUAGUAGAUGCGAGCCUCAACUGGAAGCCAGUGGAGUGUGCGGAGGAGUGGGUGACAUGAGAGAACUUGGGAAGGUCGAACACCAGACGGGCUGCGGCGUUCUGGAUAAGUUGUAGGGGUUCAAUGGCACAGGUAGGGAGCCCAGCCAACAGCGAGUUGCAGUAAUCCAGACGGGAGAUGACAAGUGCCUGGAUUAGGACCUGUGCCGCUUUCUGUGUAAGGUGGGGUCGUACUCUGCGAAUGUUGUAGAGCAUGAACCUGCAGGAUCGGGUCACCGCUUUGAUGUUAGCGGAGAACGACAGGGUGUUGUCCAGGGUCACGCCAAGGUUCUUUGCACUUUGGGAGGAGGACACAAUGGAGUUGUCAACCGUGAUGGCGAGAUCAUGGAGCGGGCAGUCCUUCCCCUGGAGGAAGAGCAGCUCCGUCUUGCCGAGGUUCAGCUUGAGGUGGUGAUCCGACAUCCACACUGAUAUGUCUGCCAGACAUGCAGAGAUGCGAUUCGCCACCUGGUUAUCAGAAGGGGGAAAGGAGAAAAUUAAUUGUGUGUCAUCUGCGUAGCAAUGAUAGGAGAGACCAUGUGAGGAUAUGACAGAGCCAAGUGACUUGGUGUAUAGAGAGAAUAGGAGAGGGCCUAGAACUGAGCCCUGGGGGACACCAGUGGUGAGAGCACGUGGUACGGAGACAGAUUCUCGCCACGCCACCUGGUAGGAGCGACCUGUCAGGUAGGACGCAAUCCAAGAGUGAGCAGCGCCGGAGAUGCCCAACUCGAAGAGGGUGGAGAGGAGGAUCUGAUGGUUCACAGUAUCAAAGGCAGCGGAUAGGUCUAGAAGGAUAAGAGCAGAGGAGAGAGAGUUAGCUUUAGCAGUGCGGAGAGCCUCCGUGACACAGAGAAGAGCAGUCUCAGUUGAAUGACCAGUCUUGAAACCAGACUGGUUUGGAUCAAGAAGGUAAUUCUGAGAGAGAUAGCAGGAGAGUUGGCUAGAGACGGCACGGCACACUCAAGAGUUUUGGAGAGAAAAUAAAGAAGGGAUACUGGUCUGUAGUUGUUGACAUCGGAGGGAUCGAGUGUAGGUUUUUUGAGGAGGGGUGCAACUGAGAUGCAAUGCCUUAGACCGCUGCGCCACUCUGUAAGUGCCUUUGAACUGGGUAUGUUAGUAGGUGCCAGGCGCAACGGUUUGUGUCGAGAACUGCAACCCUGCUGGGUUUUUCAGGCUCAACAGUUUUCUCCCCUGUGAAAAUAAGUGUUUUACGUUGUGUAAUAUUUUCAUAUGUUACUCUCUGCCCGAAUGUAUCUUUGCUUUUUUUGUAUUUUCAAUAGAACAUAAAGUGAACAAAAGCAUGCUUGAUACUGUCCUGUAUUGGUGACGCUCCUUUCUCUCUCUUUUACUCAGGAAACAGAAAAAGAUCCUGUCCCAGCAGACAACUAUCAAACGACUGUGCCAGCUACUGGUCCCAGAGACCAUUGUAAGUUCUACAUGACUGUCCUGUGAGUCCUCACUAUUGUCGUAUUAAAGGUGGUACUGUUGUGUUGUGCUACAGAGUGUAUGGCUUAACCUGAUCUAUAUGAAUUUCAGUAAUGGGCGGCAGGGCCCUCACUGCUGUAGAAUGAAGGUAGAUAAGCUAUAAAGUAGCUACAAGUACAGUAGCUGGAUACCCCUUUAAUGACAGUUCUGUCAUUCUUAUUGUAGAAUGAAGAGGACACCAGGACCAGCUCUGAGGUCAUGCACGCCUUCGAAAUGGCUGUGUCUGGGCUGGACAAAGUCACCCCUGACCCCACAGUCUGA